AUGAGUGAAAAUUGGCUACGGUCUCAAAGACAAACAUCAAUGACUAGUACAGCCAUUGGUAAUCUAUAUGCGCGGUCAAAUAGUAUCAGUGUUUCAAGUCGUAGUCGUCGACCAUCAUGGUCUGAUGCUAAAAAAGUUUGGGAUGCUGGUGACGAAGAAGAGAAUUAUUCAGAUUCGCAUUCGCAAAUAUUAAAAAAACUAGAUAGUUAUUAUCGUAAAGUUAAACGUCAAAUUCUUGCUUUUCAAAGUUUAACAACUGGCCUUUUCCCUAAUCAUCUUGAACCAGAUAAGAAAGUUGGUCAUGUUGUUGAAAAUGUUUUUUGUGCUAUUGCUGUAUGGUCAUUGCGACAAUGCUAUUGUAAGAUUGAUAAUGAUCAAGGACGAGCACAUGAAUUGGGACAAGCAGCUGUUAAAUGUAUGCGUGGUAUUCUUAAUUGUUGGAUGAAACAAGCAAAAAAAAUUGAAGUAUUUAAAAAUGAGCAGUCAACAAAAGAUGCAUUACAUUCACGAUUUAAUGUAUUUGAUGGUAGCGAAGUUGAAGGCGCUGAUGAAGUUGGUCAGUUACAAAUAUGUGCUAUAUCGAUUUAUUUGUUAACACUUGUACAAAUGAUUACAUCUAAUCUUCAAAUUAUUUUUUCUAUGGAUGAAGUCACUUUUGUUCAACAACUUGUCUUUUCAAUUGAACGUGCUUAUCGUACACCAGAUUAUGGAAUAUGGGCAAGAGGAAGUAAAUAUAAUACAAAUACGUGUGAACUUCAUGCAAGUUCUAUUGGUAUGGCAAAAGCUGCACUUGAAGCAAUGAAUGGUUUCAAUCUCUAUGGUGAUCAAGGAGCAAAUUGGUCGGUUGUCUAUGUUGAUGUGGAUGCACAUAAUCGAAAUCGGACAACACUCGAUACACUUCUACCUCGAGAAUCAGCAUCCAAAAAUACUGAUGCUGCUUUAUUGUUAACAAUUAGUUGGCCAACGUUCGCUAUUCACGAUUCAACACUUGUACAAACUACAACUCGUAAAUGUAUCAGAAAAUUACGUGGAACACAUGGUUUUAAAAGAUUUUUACGUGAUGGACAAUAUACAGAUUUAGAAUCAAAAGAUCACCGAUUUUAUGAAACAACAGAAAUGAAGAAAUUUGAUAAGAAUGAAUGCCAAUGGCCAAUGUUUUUUGCCUUAAUGGCUAUUGAUGGUAUUUUUAAAAAUAAUCAAGUACAAGUCGAUGAAUAUUUAACUGCAUUGAAUCCUCUAUUGCGACGAACAACUGAAGCACUCGAUACUACGAGCUUAUUUACUGCUAUUAAUUCUGAGACCAAUUCACCAAAAUCACGUCCCAUUACUAAAGAACAACAACAUUCAUGUUCAUCACAAGACAUUAGUGAAAUGAUGGCACAUUACUAUUAUGUUGAUCAUUCAAAACAACAAAGUAGUACCCAAAGUGAGGGCAGCGAUCGUGGCAGUAAUCCACCUGUAUCAAUGGCAGACAGUUCGGAAAUUCUUCAUGGAAAUUUUUUUCUUUUUGGUCAAUCUGUUUGGAUUAUUUGUCAAUUACUUGUUGACAAAGUUUUGACUAUAACUGAUCUUGACCCUAUUCGUCGUUAUUUAUCACCUAGUGAGCGACCAAAACCAAAUUCAAGAUAUUCAUCCAUACAAGAUUCAUUACGCUAUCAAUAUACACCCAAUAUGCCAAAACUAGUAGCAAGUCCUCCAUUUGAUUCAGUUGAUGUAAAAAAAAAGACACGUGUUAUCAUCCCAUCGAACGUUACUUUCUCCGAUUUGGUUAUUCAAGUCGUUGCAAUAUCAGAAUCAGUUCGUUUACAACAAGUAUUAGCAACCUAUGGUAUUCAAACACAAACACCAAAACAGGUUGAACCACUUUUAAUUUGGCCACCAGCAGAAUUAGUCAAAGCAUAUGCAAAUUUAGGUGCAAAUAAAAAAUUUGGUUUUAGUGGACGACCGGACCGACCUAUUGGCGUACUCGGUACAUGCAAAGUUUAUCGAAUUUGUUCAAAAACGGUUUUAUGCUAUCCGUUGACAUUUGAAACGAAUGAUUUUUAUGUUUCAAGUGAUAUGGCAUUACUGUUGGAUAAUAUUCGAAGUGAUUUUGAAUUUAUCACGAAAUGCUGGCGUCUCAAAGGUCGACCAAUAUAUUUGAUAAUGUUACGUGAACGUCAUCUUCGUGGGCCUCAAAAAGCAGAUCUUCUUGAAUUAUUAACACAGAUUCGUAAUGGAAAAAUUUCAACAAGCAUUUUUGUACGACUUGAACGUCUACAGACUGCAAUAUCAAGCGCUUGUGUAGAACAUCUAGAUUUUUUAAAUAAUUCAAUAUGCACAACUUUAGAUUGGCUACCUGCUGUUGUUCAUGAACAUAAAAGUACAUCUGAAGUUGGUCAUUAUAAGUCAUUGACAGAUGUAUCAAAAAUACCUAUUAUAGUUGAAGAUAUUGAUUAUAAUAAUCACGAAUUUAAAAAUCAACGUGACGACGAAUUACGUGAAUUUAUCAAUAAUACAGAUACAGCAUUAGGUUCACUGACAAAACAUGCAUUAGCUACAUAUGAAUUAUAUCGACGUGGUGGUCUUGAUUGGAUGAUUAGGGACAACUAUCGUGUUAGAAAUCAUCUCGAACAUCUCUUGAAAGAAGCGGCCACAUGGCAACAUUGGGCUGUUAUUCGUUUUGUGUCUAGUCUUUUACAUAAAGUCGUUGAUAGUUUAGCACCAUCAGUAACACUUUUACUCGUACGAGGAAAAACAGUUACUCUUGGAGUUUUUGGUUAUGAAGAAUCAAUUAUUGAUAAUCCCAUGCGCCCGAAUGAAAUUUUUAAGAUAAUCUACGGUGAAAACGUAUUUAAUCGUAGCAUUUUUCAUGCUGUGCUUUUACAAGAAUUGCUUAUUGACGUUUCAGUUUUUAUGUCUACAUUUCCGCAACUCUUUAAUGGUAUUCUCAAGCUAAGACUCGGAUGGAUUCUUCAAGCAAUGAAACUCAGUUUAGAACAUUUGAAAAAUGACGUUGAUGACGUUGUGACGUUGAAUACAUUAUCACCCAAUGAAAUCAAACAGCUACUUUAUUUCGUUUUGACCACCGAUUCACAACAGCAGACAUUACCAGGCGGUGAAAUUGAUCAACGUUCAUCGUUUCAAAAGCGCCAGAUGGAUGGAGCAUUAUGUCGUGUGCCAUCUGAUUUUUUUGAACAUAUUUGGUCAAUACUUGAACGCACUCCUGGUGGAAUAAAACUAUGCGGUAUUUUUCUUCCACAACAACCCACUUUAUCUGACAUGACUGAUUAUGAAUUAAAUUUUUCUUUGAAAAUUGAAGAAAUGCUUAGCAAAAUAUCUGAUCCAGCCUAUCGAUGUCUUGUUGUCGAAAUGUUUGAAUUAAUCAAUGUUUUAUUAAAACGUAAUGCUGAAUUAUGCUUCAGUCAAACACUUGAUGCCGACUAUCUAAUACAGGAAGCUGUUAAUCUAUUUCAACAACAAACAAAUUCAACAGAUCCAUAUAAAGAUUUCUAUAAUCUUCCCAUCCAACUUGUUGGUGGUUCAACAGGUUAUAUGGUUCGAGUUAUCAUCAAUUAUUUAUUCAACGUAAAUCUUCAAAAAGUUGACAAUAUUGAUUUGAACUUAGGUUCAAAUACCGAUAUAUGCAAAAUAUCCUGA